AUGGCAGUUAUUUCUGGCGACGAGGAAUCUUGUGGUGCCAUCAUCUGGCGAUGCGAUACUGGAUCUCGUCUUCAGACUCUUCAGCCUCCCGGAGUAUCUGUCGAUUCACCCGUAGUCGACGUGUGCGCUGUUAGUCUAAACCCUGGGUCUGAAUCACCCGAGCAUCAUCUUGCCCUCCUAACCGAGCGCCAAGUCUACCUCUACUCGUGGCGUCGUACAGGCACCUGA